AUGCCACUAACCAACCUUCUAUAUUUUACUUCUUCUAUUCUUCUAUUUCCUUCUAUUUCUUUUUUCUUCUUCCUAUGUUUCUUCUGUUUCUUAUUCUUUCAUUUCUAUUUCUUCUGUUUCUUAUUCUUUCAUUUCUAUUUCUUCUGCUUCUUAUUCUUACAUUUCAUUUUCUUCUCUUAUUCUUUCAUUUCUAUUGCUUCUGAUUCUUAUUCUUUCAUUUCUAUUUCUUCUGUUUCUUAUUCUUUCAUUUCUAUUUCUUCUGUUUUUUAUUCUUUCAUUUCUAUUUCUUCUGUUUUUUAUUCGUUCAUUUCUAUUUCUUCUGUUUCUUAUUCUUUCAUUUCUAGUUCUUCUGUUUCUUAUUCUUUCAUUUCUAGUGCUUCUGUUUCUUAUUCUUUCAUUUCAUUUUCUUCUCUUAUUCUUUCAUUUCUAUUUCUUUUAUUCUUUCAUUUCUAUUUCUUUUAUUCUUUCAUUUCUAUUUCUUCUCUUAUUCUUUCAUUUCUAUUCUCUAAUUCUUUCAUUUCUAUUUCUUCUGUUUUUUAUUCUUUCAUUUCUAGUUCUUCUGUUUCUUAUUCUUUCAUUUCAUUUUCUUCUCUUAUUCUUUCAUUUCUAUUUCUAUUAUUCUUUCAUUUCUAUUUCUAUUAUUCUUUCAUUUCUAUUUCUAUUAUUCUUUCAUUUCUAUUUCUUCUCUUAUUCUUUCAUUUCUAUUCUCUAAUUCUUUCAUUUCUAUUUCUUGUUUUUUAUUCUUUCAUUUUUAUUUCUUCUGUUUCUUAUUCUUUCAUUUCUCUUUCUUAUUCUUUCAUUUCUCUUUCUUAUUCUUUCAUUUCUCUUUCUUAUUCUUUCAUUUCUAUUUCUUCUGUUUCUUAUUCUUUCAUUUCUAGUGCUUCUGUUUUUUAUUCUUUGUUUCUAUUUCUUCUGUUUCUUAUUCUUUCAUUUCUAUUCUUCUGUUUCUUAUUCUUUCAUUUCAUUUUCUUCUCUUAUUCUUUCAUUUCAUUUUCUUCUCUUAUUCUUUCAUUUCAUUUUCUUCUCUUAUUCUUUCAUUUCUAUUUCUAUUAUUCUUUCAUUUCUAUUUCUAUUCUUUCAUUUCUAUUUCUUCUCUUAUUCUUUCAUUUCUAUUCUCUAAUUCUUUCAUUUCUAUUUCUUGUUUUUUAUUCUUUCAUUUUUAUUUCUUCUGUUUCUUAUUCUUUCAUUUCUCUUUCUUAUUCUUUCAUUUCUCUUUCUUAUUCUUUCAUUUCUCUUUCUUAUUCUUUCAUUUCUAUUUCUCUUAUUCUUUCAUUUCUAUUUCUCUUAUUCUUUCAUUUCUAUUUCUUUUAUUCUUUCAUUUCUAUUUCUUUUAUUCUUUCAUUUCUAUUUCUUUUAUUCUUUCAUUUCUAUUUCUUUUAUUCUUUCAUUUCUAUUUCUUAUAUUCUUUCAUUUCUGUUUCUUGUUUCUUAUUCUCUCAUUUCUAUUUCUGCUUUUUAUUCUUUCAUUUCUGCUUUUUAUUCUUUCAUUUCUAUUCUGUUUCUUAAUCUUUCAUUUCUAUUUCUUUUAUUUUUUAUUCUUUCAUUUCUAUUUCUUCUGAUUCUUAUUCUUUCAUUUCUAUUAUCUCCUUCUUUAAUUUCUAUUAUCUCCUUCUUUCAUUUCUAUUUCUUAUUCUUUGAUUUAUAUUUCUUCUGUUUCUUAUUCUUUCAUUUCUUUUUCUUCUCUUAUUCUUUCAUUUCUUUUUCUUCUCUUAUUCUUUCAUUUCUAUUUCUUCUCUUAUUCUUUCAUUUCUAUUCUCUAAUUCUUUCAUUUCUAUUUCUUGUUUUUUAUUCUUUCAUUUUUAUUUCUUCUGUUUCUUAUUCUUUCAUUUCUCUUUCUUAUUCUUUCAUUUCUCUUUCUUAUUCUUUCAUUUCUAUUUCUUCUGUUUCUUAUUCUUUCAUUUCUAGUGCUUCUGUUUUUUAUUCUUUGUUUCUAUUUCUUCUGUUUCUUAUUCUUUCAUUUCUAGUGCUUCUGUUUCUUAUUCUUUCAUUUCAUUUUCUUCUCUUAUUCUUUCAUUUCUAUUUCUUUUAUUCUUUCAUUUCUAUUUCUUCUCUUAUUCUUUCAUUUCUAUUCUCUAAUUCUUUCAUUUCUAUUUCUUCUGUUUUUUAUUCUUUCAUUUCUAGUUCUUCUGUUUCUUAUUCUUUCAUUUCAUUUUCUUCUCUUAUUCUUUCAUUUCUAUUUCUAUUAUUCUUUCAUUUCUAUUUCUAUUAUUCUUUCAUUUCUAUUUCUAUUCUUUCAUUUCUAUUUCUUCUCUUAUUCUUUCAUUUCUAUUCUCUAAUUUUUCAUUUCUAUUUCUUCUUUUUUUAUUCUUUCAUUUUUAUUUCUUCUGUUUCUUAUUCUUUCAUUUCUCUUUCUUAUUCUUUCAUUUCUCUUUCUUAUUCUUUCAUUUCUCUUUCUUAUUCUUUCAUUUCUCUUUCUUAUUCUUUCAUUUCUAUUUCUCUUAUUCUUUCAUUUCUAUUUCUUUUAUUCUUUCAUUUCUAUUUCUUUUUUAUUCUUUCAUUUCUAUUUCUUUUAUUCUUUCAUUUCAUUUCUAUUUCUUUUAUUCUUUCAUUUCUAUUUCUUUUAUUCUUUCAUUUCUGUUUCUUUCUUUUCUUAUUCUGUUCAUUUCUAUUUCUCUUUUUUUAUUCUUUCAUUUCUGCUUUUUAUUCUUUUCAUUUCUAUUCUGUUUCUUAA